AGUACCAUUUACAAUCCAUGUGUGUCUCUGUGGUUGCUUUCCAUAGGUGCAUUCUGCAUGCCUCUCUACAUCCCUUACAGCCUGACGGGGAAAUGGUACUUGGGGAGAGGCGUCUGCAAGCUCUGGCUAGCUAUGGACUACCUCCUGUGCACAGCUUCAGUAUUUAACAUUGUUCUUAUCAGCUAUGACCGUUUCCUGUCAGUUACUAAAGCUGUGUCUUACAGAGCCCAGCAGGGAAUAACAUCUAACCCUGUCAUCAAGAUGGUGGCUAUCUGGGUCUUUGCCUUCCUUCUCUACGGCCCGGCAAUCCUCUUUUGGGAGCACAUGGCUGGACGCAGCGUGGUAGCGGCAGAUCAGUGCUACGCUGAGUUCUUUGACAACUGGUACUUCCUCCUGUGUGCAUCCACUCUGGAGUUCUUUGUGCCACUGCUCUCGGUGACCUACUUCAACGGGCACAUCUUCCAUGACAUCCAGAGGCGCCAGCGGCACGGCAGCACGGGGGAUGGCGAGCCUCCGAGGAGCAGCAGCCUGUCCUGGAGAUUUUGCCUCUUGCCAAGGCCGGGAGCAUCUUCUCCGUCUGAUGCAGAAGACAGUGUUUCUUCUUCCAUGAGACCAAAGAAAGAGUUUUUGGUAACUCAGAGCUCGUGUCCAUCCAGAGGCAAUUCUGUAACCCCAGAAAAUGACUCCUCUGUUUCUUUCUGUGUGAGGACCAGGUCAAAACUGCAGCGGGACAAGAAAGCAGCCAAGUCACUUGCCAUCAUUGUGUGUGUGUUUGCCAUCUGCUGGGCCCCAUACACUCUGCUGAUGAUUAUUCGUGGGGCCUGCCAAGGAGAGUGUGUCCAUAAUUCCCUGUAUGAGGUAGCCUUUUGGCUUUUGUGGAUCAAUUCCUCUCUGAAUCCAUUUCUUUACCCUCUAUGUCAUGAUAGAUUUCGAAUGGCUUUCAUGAAAAUACUGUGUCCCAAAAAUUUUGCAUCAUUGAGAUCAAGCUCUUUUUAG